UGGACAAAAAUUAACAACUUCACUAAAUCUGACCUUCACAUACAAAAUACGUGUUCUAGAUUAACUGUUAAUCGUUAAUCGUACUUUACUAGGAUUACAACAGUUGUAAAAAGGAAUGAUGUGGGUGUUCAGUACAGUUUAGUGAAAACGUCGUGAAAGUUGUUACGUCCAAUAAUUUUUUGUUGUAAGUUUUUGUGAUUAAUGUUGUUUAGUGUUAAAUUAAAAUUAUUAAAGUAAGUUUGAUUAAAUCAUCAUUUACUUAUUAAAAAAAAUAAAAAAGACCUAUUUAUAUCACUUUUGCACAACAAUAUACAAUUUAUCUAUCUAUAUUUACGAUUAAAAUUUAGAUAAAUACAAUGUAAUAGAAGUCAUAAUGGGUUUAGACUGGUUCAGACAUGAGCACACAAAGCGUACCUAAUCUCAGUCUCCCCAAAUCAUUUUUUUUCUAUACAACAGCAGUUAUCCUUUCUACCUGGUCACUGUUUGUAUCGUAUUUCCACCCCUGUAUCUCCCCGGAGGUGGAUAUAAAAACCCACCUAUAUGCAACAAAGAGUUCAGUUCGAAAUUUCAUACUCGAAGGCAACCAGUAGAACCAUCCAGUAAUUACCUCCCGUUCGGACGUAAUAUCGAUGUAAUUAAAAAGAAAUAUACACUCGGUUGGAUACAGACCAACAUUGAAUUAAACGCGAGCCUUGAAGCCGAUGGUUACUAGAAAACGGCCAGCAACAAAGUGAAUGCUUAUCUAUUGAUGAUUUGAUCAAGACUACGUAAUGAUUUAAGUAAUUUUAAUCAAUUAACAUGCACACUGAUAAAUUGUCAACGAUCUAGAUUUUAUUAGAUGUAGCAACUCUUUCGAUACGAUCAGCUGUGAUAGUUUACUGUGGUAGUGGUUUAGUGAAGAUGAGUUUCCUGGACAAAUUCAAAGGGACAAAGAAACAAUGCAUCGCUGUAUUUACAGGGACAAUAUUCGCAAUAUCCGAUGGCAUGCACUACGGCUGGACGGCGCCGGCCGCCGAACGGCUCCUGAGAGAAGACAGCCCGAUCAAAACGACGCACAAACAGGCGGAAUGGCUGGAGCAAAUUCUGAUGCUGGGAGCCUGUUUGGGUCUGCCCAUAACCAUCUUGCUGGCCGAUCGCAUCGGAAGAAAAGGAUCUCUACUGGUUGCCUCAGCUCUGGCCCUUUCCUCUUGGUUCCUGAUCGGGAUAGCUUCGAAGAUCGAAAUGAUAUUCGUCGCCAGGUUCCUGAGCGGAAUCGCCGGUGACAUGGCUUUCGUUUCCGCCCCCAUGUAUAUAGCCGAAAUAGCCGAUCAGAAGAUCAGAGGGUUUUUGUCCAGUGUUAUAUACCUCAUGAUGCUGUCGGGCAUCAUUAUUACGUACUGCGUCGUACCGUUCACACCUUUGUACGUGCCUUGCUUAAUUGGAGGCACGUUCGUGCUCCUCGAACUGAUAAUCUUCCCAUUCAUGCCGGAAUCCCCGUAUUAUUUACUGUACAGAAACAGAGAGGAAGACGCGAAAAAUGCGUUGAAAAGACUCAGGGAAAACGAGGACGUGGAUAAGGAAUUCGAGGAAAUUAGGGAUGCGAUGAUAAGAGAAAGAGCAGUGAAGGGACGACCACAAGAUAUUAUUCUAGUCAGUAGUAACAGAAAAGCUUUAAUGAUAAUGAGUGUACUUAAUGCCGCUCAGCACUUCAGCAGUAUUAGUGUGAUGUUGAUGAACCUUCAUUCAAUCCUUGCAGCUGCCGGUUCAGUGUACAUCGCACAUUCCACUGCCGCCAUUAUGUUCUCUUUCAUGAUGUUGAUCUCAGCAGUUACUGCAUCGUUGUUCAUAGACAAAUUCGGAAGGAAAGCCUUAAUUAUAAACUCAAGUAUUUUAACUGGGCUGUGCCUGUUUACCAUUGCGACGUACUUUUAUUUGAAGAAUACAGGCAUGAACGUAGAUGCGAUUAGUUGGAUACCUGUUGUAACUGUGAUGGCUUACGCAAUUUGUUUCAAGUCUGGUUUAGGUAUGGUUCCUAUAGUACUUACUGCAGAGCUGUUCCCUACCAAUGUUAAAGCACUUGGUAUGACUCUUGCUGAUAUUAAUUACAUUAUUUGGGCUAUUGUUUCCUUAAGUAUUUACCAAUGGUUGGAGAACACCUUCGGUAUGCACGUACCGUUCUAUUUGUUCGCUUGUUCGUGUUUCAUCACGGCGAUCUUUACGUACUUUUUCAUUCCCGAAACUAAGGGUAAAACGUUGGAUGAGAUUCAAUAUAUUCUUAAAGGGGAAACUCCACCACCAAGAAGUAGUGCCACCCAAGCUGAAAAGGAACAAUUUAUAGAGAAGUGAUCAAUUUUAGAGUAUGUGUUAAUUAUAAAGACUAUUUUUAUAAUUUAAUUUCGCUAAGUGUUAUAUAAGAGAUAAAGAAAUAUUUAUAUAAAACAAAGCAGAUGAACUUAAUUGGAUUAUAACUGAUAUUAUUAGAUAUGUUUACUUUUCUUCCAAGAAUGAAUUGUAUCAUUCAGUUUAUUACUGAAAUUAUAAAAUUGUUGUAAUAAAUUAUUUUUUUACUAGAA